CAGAAGAGAAGAAACACGCUUUAGUCGCUUCGAUUCCGCGUCAAGAAUCGGUAAUUAUUGACUUGGCCAAUAAGUUUUCCUCUUGGUCCAAGUUUUUACGCUGCGUUGUAUACGUUUGUCGCUUUUCGAAAUUAUUACCCUUGCGUGAUAAUAUUUCCGCUUCAGAUUUAAAUUUCGCAGAAAAUAUAGUUGUUCGGGAAUUACAAAAAAUGUUUUUCCGAGAUGAGUUAGUUAAACUACAAGCCGGAAGGAUUUGUAGUCGUACUUUUCAACGACUUAAGCCAUUUUUACACAAUGGUCUUAUCCGCGUAGGUGGUCGUUUAAGCCACUCUGAUUUAAAAUUUGAUCAAAUGCAUCCUAUUGUUUUACCGCGCAAGCAUCAUAUUUUAAAUUUAUUGGUUGAUUAUCACCAUAAAGUUAAUUGUCACGCUGGGCCCGACCUACUUAUGUCUCUCCUGCGUCAGAAGUAUUGGAUACUCUCUGCACGCAGCUUAAUUAGAAAUAGGGUACAUAAUUGUCUUCCUUGUUUUCGUCUUCGUCCGAAACAAAUAUUUCCGGAGAUGGCAGAACAUAGGCCUUGUCGAGUAUUAGAAUCCGCAAAACCGUUUGUACACACGGGUACUGAUUACGCAGGUCCAUUCAAGGUCACCCUCACUCGCGGUCGUGGUGUUCGUGCCACCAAGGCAUACGUUUGUCUUUUUGUUUGUUUAACAACUCGCGCUGUACACAUUGAACUCGCCGGCGAUUUAAGUACCGCUAGUUUUCUAGCCGCGUUUAAACGUUUUCUUUCGCGUCGCGGUCCCAUCAGUAGAAUGUAUUCGGACAAUGGGACGAAUUUUAUCGGUGCCAAGCGUACGAUGACGGAACAUCAGAAAUUUCUGAGGUCUAAAUAUUUUAAGACCGAAUUUGGUCACAUAUUGAGUGAAAAUCGGAUCGAUUGGUCUCUGAAUGUACCGACUGCGAGUCAUUUUGGAGGCAAUUGGGAGGCUAACAUCAAGAGCCUCAAAUCACAUUUAUUCCGCGUAAUAGGCGAGCAAAUUCUUACUUUUGAAGAGUUGAGUACCGUACUCACUCAGGUAGAAGCAGUAAUGAAUACCAGGCCUUUGUACCGCACUUUAUCUAGUGACCCGUCAGAACCACUAGCUUUAACUCCAGCCCAUUUCUUAAAUUUCACCCCGCUUAAAUUUUUACCGACCAAGGAAAUUACUGAUAAUCGACUUAAUAUGCUUUCGCGUCAUGAUUUACUUGACAAAUUGUUACAAUCCUUCUGGAAGCGAUGGAGAGCAGAAUAUCUGCAUACAUUGCAAUCUCGCGUUAAAUGGAAUACGCCUUCCAACCCUAUUCAAACAGGGACCGUAGUUAUUUUAAAAACAGAUAACGCACCGCCUCUUCACUGGCCUCUUGGGCUCGUUGAAGAAGUAUUUCCGGCGACUGAUGGCGUGACUCGCGUCGUCCGCGUUAAAACCGCGACCGGGUCGUAUUUACGUCCAGUUGUUCGUUUAUGUCCUUUGCCCAACCAAUAAUAUAUAAAAUUCGCAUUUAAAUAAUUUAACUUUAAUUUAGUUUUUGUUUUGAAGCCGUCCCUUCAAGCCCGGGGGGAAUGGUUGCGCCAUAUUUCUAAUUCAUUCUUUAUAAAUUUUAACUUCGCAUUUCCGGUCGCGUCAAUCCAAAUAGUGUCUUUUUUAUUAAUAAUUAGGUGACACGACACGUGCAUUUCCGUACCGCAUCCCUUUCCCGCACAUACCUUUCCAGCGAGCGAGAGCGAGAGCGCUUCGCUGGGAAUUGGUUCCGCGAGUGCCCGCGCGCCGUACGGGGUGCGGGUGCAAAAAACACUCUUGUUCGCGCCCCGCAAUGACAUGGACACGAUGACGUCGCUCGCAUAAUUAAUUGAAAAUUAUCGGUCUGUGAUGUUAUUUCCUUAAUUAACUUCGUGUGACUGUGCAUAUCAUAGAUAGUGAAGUUUAGUAUAAGUGGUCGCCGCAAGCAGAAACACGAAGCCGCCAGCAUCAUACAGCCGAACCGCCGCCGCAGACGCCGUAAGAUUCGUUCACGCUUCAAAAAAUGAACAAGUUACACAAAUGGGAAUUCCUAGACAAGAUUUCGAGGAGAAAACAGUCUUACGAGAAAAUGAUUGAAGAAAACAAAAAGGAAAAAACCGUGAGCACUUGCCGACGCUUCAUAACAAAAUGUUUUGAGACCAUUUCCAACAUCAACAAAACCGAUGACACCACGUGAAAUGUAGUAUAACAACGCAAAAAUGGGACAAACGGCGAGUCAGCUUGAUGCUAACUUCACAACUUUCAACUACACAGAGAUAUACAACAUCAUCGAUGACGAGAAAGACGUUUGCGCAGUCGCGGACGACCCCAAAUACCCAAGCAGCUUCGGGAUCACGUUGGCCAUACCGGAAUGGGAAGCGAUUUGCACGGCCAUCGUGCUCACCCUAAUCAUAUUAUCCACCGUAAUCGGGAACAUUUUGGUCAUACUCAGCGUGUUUACAUACAAACCCCUGAGGAUCGUUCAGAACUUUUUUAUUGUCUCCUUAGCAGUCGCUGAUCUCACUGUCGCGAUACUAGUGCUACCUCUAAACGUAGCGUACUCCAUUCUUGGACAAUGGGUUUUUGGUAUUUAUGUGUGCAAAAUGUGGUUGACUUGCGACAUCAUGUGUUGCACGUCAUCAAUUUUGAAUCUUUGCGCCAUCGCUCUAGAUAGGUAUUGGGCGAUAACAGAUCCUAUAAAUUACGCACAAAAACGAACGUUAGAGAGAGUGCUCUUCAUGAUUGGAGUGGUGUGGGUGCUAUCCCUCGUCAUUAGUUCGCCGCCGUUGCUCGGGUGGAACGACUGGCCCGAAGUAUUUGAACCCGACACGCCUUGUCGGUUAACUUCACAACCAGGUUUUGUCAUUUUCUCCUCCUCUGGAUCAUUCUAUAUACCCUUAGUGAUAAUGACUGUAGUGUACUUCGAAAUAUAUUUAGCCACAAAGAAAAGGCUGAGAGAUCGCGCUAAAGCAACCAAAAUAAGUACCAUAUCGAGUGGUCAAAAUAAAUUUGCGGCAAAGGAUAGCGAUCAAAAUGACCAAGAUUCGGUCAGUUCGGAAGCCAAUCAUAACGAACAUCAAGGUAGCACUCGAUUAGUAACUGAUAAUGAAAAGAAGAAAAGAACCAGGAAACUGACACCGAAGAAGAAACCGAAGCGACGAUACUGGAGUAAAGACGAUAAGUCGCAGAACAAACUAAUAAUUCCUAUUCUAUCCAACGAGAAUUCUGUCACUGAUAUGGCAGACAACCUUGAAAAUAGAAACACGUCUUCUGAAAGCAAUUCUAAAGAAACUAAUGAUGAUAAUUUAAUAGAAAUCACCGAGUCCACGCCAGUGAAGACUCAGAAGCGACCUAGACCUAAUCAACAAAAUACAGUCUACCAAUUUAUAGAAGAGAAACAAAGAAUAUCAUUGACUAGAGAAAGGCGAGCAGCGAGGACACUCGGCAUCAUUAUGGGAGUGUUUGUCGUCUGCUGGCUUCCUUUCUUCGUAAUUUAUCUCGUUAUUCCCUUCUGUGCGAGCUGUUGUUUAUCAAAUAAGUUUAUUAACUUCAUUACUUGGCUAGGAUACGUCAACUCGGCGUUAAAUCCUCUUAUAUAUACUAUCUUUAAUAUGGACUUCAGACGAGCGUUCAAGAAGCUACUAUGUAUAAAGUCGUAAAGUAUAAAAUGUGCCAAAGAUAACGUUUAAAUGUAGAAUUUUACGCUAAAGCCGCUGAUUUGCUCAAAUUUGAAUCAUUAAUCGUGUGUAGAAUAUUAGGAGUGAUAAUGAUUUAAUAUCUUAAUUGAUAAGUGAACGUAUUAAUUAAUGUGAUGGAAUUGUAAAUAAAUAGUUUUAGAUUUUUAUCUUGUGUAUACUGAGUCUCUAAAAUGUAUCGAUAUCGAUAAUUAUCAAUAUUUAACUUUCAGACCUUCUGUAAAUUACUUUUUGUAGAUUUAGAUUGAAUUAAUACUGAAUUCAACAAAAUAAUGUAGAACUUUUUUAUAAUAAAUUACUGUAUGUUUCCGAAACUAGUUAUGAAAUCAAAACUAUUUUAACUAAGAUGUAUAAUACAUUAAAUGUAUAUUCCAAAUUUGAAUAAAUUGUUUCCAUAUAAGACAAAUGUAUAUACUUUGUGCAUAGCAUACGUGUGUGGGUGUAAAUAAAUUUAAUAAAUCGAAUUUAACAUUAAAUAAUAUACCAACGAAAACAAACCAUUUACUCUGUAAAUACAUAUCUUUGUCCUUUGUAAAUAGUAUGUAAGUGUAACAAAUUAUUCACUCAUAGCACUGUAAGGUCACUAUGUAGAUGUUGGUUUUAAAUAAUAUCCCUUUAAAAUAAUA